CUGGUCUCGGCGCCCGGGGAAGUGACCUCGAGUAUGACGAUGACGGCUCUCGAUGGUUUGCGCCAGGAACAGAAAAGGGCCCUUGGUUGAAUCAUCAUCCUGGGUACAUAAUCAGAUGGCUAGCCGGUCGCGUUGGCCCGCAGGGUCAGUCUCGUGCUUGCCGAAUUGCUGUAGGGGAAGAACGACCGAGACGGCAUACAGCUGAGAUGAGUCCUCCCAUAUUUGCUGCCUUGCGGAAGCAUCGCAUCAUGAACAAAAGAGGUUCGGCAGAUGUCCAAAACACAAAGGAGAAUUCCAGAGCCUCUUCAGUCGAAACCAGGAUCAGGAUCCCGAAUCCGAGAUCGACGGACUUGGUGGAGAGCCCUGCCUCAUCGACUAGACAGUAUGCAGGGCACGAGCCUUUGGUCGAAGACUUCCAUACGCGUAGCAUGCAGUCGAUGUCACCAACCCGAUCGAUUCCCGCUCGCCUUCCCAUACCCCUUAGAGUGUCGUCUGCCCACGGAGAUAUGCCCAGCUCACCCACUUUCUCCUAUGCAGAUAUGGACGACAGUGAUGACACGGCUCCACCAGACUUCUCUAGACGUGCAAGCGCUGGACGCGCAAGGAUGAUUGACGUCCCAAGAGUCAACCCUUUACUUCCACCGACACUUCCUCCGCACAUGCCAAUCUUUCGCAACAGCCACCAACGCAAGGCCAGAGACUCUGGAUCAUACAUUGGAACUUCUCAGCCAAAUUCACCUGAUCGCGAUCGAAUGUCGAUAGACACGGAGUACUUUCAGAACAACAAGAGACAUUCGGGUGAGUCAAUGGCACCGUCGUUCAAGGGCUUUUCUACAAAGGCGCCUUCAGUGGCACCUUCGAUGGCGCCCUCAAUACGCACUCUACCUCCUUUACAAGCACUAGGACCUGUCGACGAAACAGAUCGCAUGCAGCCUCUGCUCGAAGAUGACCCAGCGAAUUUUGAUCUCAUAGCCGCACCACCGGAAGAACUCCAAGGCUCUUACAGAUUAGAUGAACAUGCCGAGCAACUCUUUUCGCGAGACCAUCUACAAGCAAUCUUCGCCGACCGCAAGACACUUUUGAAGUUCACCAGCUUUCUCAACGCUUAUCGACCUCAGAGUAUACCCAUACUCGUCUUCUACAUGGAUGCUUUGAAGGCUUUGCGAGCGAUCAAGUAUGCAAACGCUGUUUCUUCAGCUUUGAGUCCUGUCUCGGGUUUGGAUUUUACUUCCACACCACCCCAGGCUAUACAGAAUGACGAGCUGCAGAGAAAGGCAGAUGAAGCCUUCGACUUGCUGGUCAGAGAGGAUCAACCAGCAUAUGUAACCUACACUUGGAUCUCCAUUGUUAGCACAAGCAUCCAGAGACGCAUUACAGGAACGCUAGCACCGCAUCUGCGAGAAGCAUCCGAAGGACUGGCAGAAGUGUUUUGCCUGACUGACCCUUCGAGACGAGACAAUCCGAUCGUAUUUGCCUCGGAAGAGUUCGCUCGUACAACGCAAUAUGGCAUGGGGUACUCGAUUGGACGCAAUUGCCGAUUCCUCCAAGGACCAAAGACCAAUCCACACUCUAUACGUCGGUUGGCCGAAGCUUGUAAAACACAGAGGGAGAACAGUGAGGUCUUUGUCAAUUAUCGACGCGACGGAAGUCCCUUCAUCAACCUGCUCAUGACAGCACCGCUAUUCGACUCGAAGGGCACCUUGAGGUACUUCAUCGGAGCUCAAGUCGACGUAUCUGGGCUAAUGAAAGAGAUGACGGGUAUGGAGGCACUUGAAAAGAUGUUAGAAUACAAUCAAAACCAGGGACACGAGACAAAUGGUCAACCGCAUCAGAGCGACGAGUUCGAAAGUCUGAGCGAGAUGUUCAAUACCACUGAGCUGGAGACAGUAAGACAAUGCGGUGGCCGUAUUCAUCGUGAGCAGAUUGACGAUGAACGAGAAGACGGCGUGCAGCCCCGACCACGCCUCCUGGUCAGAGAUGCCUCUUCCGAGGAGUUACUAAAUCAGUCGACCCAGCCGGCCAACGGCCCAUCAUCUGGUCCAGGUGGAGUGCAACGUAUGCCCGAGAACGGCAAACUAGAGGGUGUCUAUCAACACUAUCUACUUAUCCGUCCGGCCCCUUCCCUACGCAUCCUCUUCACCUCGCCAUCGCUACGCGUACCAGGAAUCCUACAGAGUCCCUUCCUUUCCCGUAUCGGUGGCUCUCCUCGCGUACGAUCAGAACUCGCUCAAGCAUUCACCGAAGGUCGUGGUGUGACAGCCAAAAUUCGAUGGUUGACACGCAUAGAGGAUGAUGGUGAGGACGAAGGUCGUAGUCGCUGGAUCCACUGCACACCUUUGCUCGGACACGGUGGUGCUGUAGGUGUAUGGAUGGUCAUUCUCGUUGACGAAGAGGGCAGUCAAAGCAAACGACGAUUCCGAGCUGCGCCACCCGUAAGUCAGAUCAUUGGAGGCAAGGAAUACGACCCGAGAGCUGUAAAGGAAAAAGAAGAAGCAGAGAGGUCAAGGAUUGAUCUGAUCGUCGAUGGAGAGCGACCUAGCAGUGGCUUCGCUCUGCGGCCCGAGACGUCGAGGCAAACGAGUAGAAGAUUUAGCGGUCAGGGGAGUAUUGGGACCGAUGGCUCUUUCGCGUUUAGAUGAUUGCAAGAAAGGGCAACCCGAGGAGAGACAUGAAGAUGAUGUAGAUAUGUGAAGCUAUGAUACCCCGAAUUGAUGUAUGCUUUUAUGAUCACCGCCAUGUCUUCCUUGCGGUGCAGUAUAUCGGUGGUUCCGCCAGAUGACGAGAGUGUAUCAAAAGCACCUCAAGAAAGCAGUCUUCACAUGCCUGGUAGCGUGUGAUUUGUCUUAUGC